GGGAGAAGCCCGCCCGAGCGGCCGCCGAACAGCCGCCGGCCUCGAUCGACAACCCCUCUCUUCACGCGCGCACCGAGCAGAGACGCGAUGCCGCGCAGAAACAUGCCUACCCCGAGUGCUCUUCGGUUUGCGGCGCUGGCGCUGCUACUUUUGGUCCUCGCUUGUUGCUGCGUCCGUGGAUCGGAAUACCCUGCUCUCAGGCGAAGUCGACAGUUUGGCGGAACUCAGAAUCAUGGUUCCUCACGUUCCGCCACGGGAAGGAAGUACGAGGUUGAAGAUGGACGGAGGAAUUGCGUGUCCCGAUGUCCCGGCGAGUCAGAGUCGCCCGUAUCUGAACUCGCAGUGCAUGAAACUCGCGGUGGUGUUCUGCCGUCAGCGCGUCCGACGCAGCGGCCGCAACAGCAGCGACAGCAGCAACAGCGCCAGCAGCGUGGUCACUCUCGUGGUGGUUCCUUUCUGGGCGCAGUCGGUUCGCCGGCGGUCAUCUCCUCGCGCAUGUCGGCGUGUCCGGUGGAAGUGCAGGACAACAACAGGGGCACCGUCGAGAGCCCGAACUUCCCGGACACGUACCCGCCCAACACGGACUGCUUCUCGGUGCUUCGAGUCAAGCCUGGCGACGUGGUGGCUCUGAAGUUCGAGACCUUGUUCAUGGAGAGGAACCCGCGCUGCUCCUCGGACUACGUAGAAAUCUUCGAUGGUGCAACCUUCGACAGCCCGUCCCUUGGCCGCUUCUGUCGAGAGAACCAAAAAAGCUCGUUAGAGCUGCGCUCUUCGGGCAAUGCGAUGGCAGUGCACUUCCACUCGGACGACAUUGUCAACCUUCAGGGAUUCCGUGCCAAUUACCACGGCUACAACGAGCUUCAGGAACAACACGCCGAACCGAGUAACUGUCGCGUCUGGACGGAAGAUUCCCGCGGCUUCAUCAGCAGCCCCAACUACCCGGACGCGUAUCCGCCAAACUCUUCGUGCCGUGUGCCGCUGGAUGCCGGACCACAGAACAUAAUCACAUUGUACUUCGUCGACAUACAGCUGGACCCGUACAAAGACUGCCCUUACGACAAGAUUGAAGUCCGAGACGGUGCAAACGAAGACGCAUACCUCCUUGGCCGCUUCUGUGGAGCCCAGGGCGAGCCGGAAGCGGUGUCUUCAACCGGCCGAGAAAUGUUCCUAUUCUUCAAUAGUGAUUCGUACCUGAGUGGCCGUGGAUUCAAGGCCGAGUUCCGCGUCCACAAAAAGCCUCUUGGUCCGAAGGAUCAGACGGGUAAAAGCCGAGGCUUUGACGAGGAGGAUCUUCUGGACGUGCGCCAAUCACCACGCGACGCAUCGCUGCGUUACCGAGAGUCACACAUCUUCCGCUGUGUUCCUGCGCACCCGCAGUACACCUCAACUACAUGGUUCAAAGAGGACGAAGAACUGCGCAUCUUCACGCAGGAUCCGAACCUUGAGGGUCUCAUCCUCGUCGGCAACAACACCCUGUGGGUGAGAGAGAUGGACGUGUCUCUGCGUGGCAACUACACUUGUCGAGUGUCCAGUGGUUCGGCCGUACGAGACCUCCACUUUAAGAUCAGCUACGCUGGCCCGGCCAUCGUGAAGCCUCCCUGCGAAAUCGUGCAACGCAAGGUGCCUCAGGACACAAGCUUCACCCGAGGCGAGACGGUGAUCCUGCCGUGCGAGACGAGCGGUUCCCACGUGGCCACCCACUGGACGCGCAACGGUGCCCAGCUUCGCACCGGAGUGGACCGCGUCACCAUCCUGCCCAUCGGCUUCUUGACCAUCAACGACUCGCGGCCCGAGGACAGCGGCGUGUACGCGUGCGUCGCCACCGACGUCGCCAAGAACUGCUCACGUUCCUUCUCCGCCGCCGUGGCCGUCAUGCCCAAGUCUCGACUUCAAGAAGUGUGCGGCCGUGUGGACCUCGACAAGGCGAACGCACCGGCGGAAAGGAUCUCCGGUGGCCACGAUGCGCCCAAGGGAGCCCAUCCAUGGCAGGCUCUUCUCCGCUAUCGCAGCGGCGACGCCUUCUGCAGUGGCAGCUUGGUGAGCGAGCGAUACGUGCUGACGGCGGCCCACUGCGUCGAGAACCUGCGCACGCGAACAGCUCAAAUCGAGGUGGCACUCGGCAAGCUGUACGUGGACCAAGUGGAGGCCGAAGAACUCGUGACUGACGUUCGCGACAUCCGCAUACACCCCAACUAUCGAUUGGUCACCGUCGACAGUGACAUUGCUCUGGUCGAGCUGGCUGAGCACGUCCCUUUCAGCACGCUUGUCAGACCCGUGUGCCUAGGCGAGACAGACCAGAUCGAGAAGGACUUCUUUCUACACUCCAAGCAGAAGGCAUUCGUGUCCGGAUGGGGCCGUACCAUGAACAACAAGCGUGCAUCCAGCCGCCUACAAGAAGUCGAGGUGCCCAUUCACUCGCCCGACACCUGCCGGCGGUCCACAAAUUUCACGGUGACCGAGAAUAUGUUGUGCGCGGGCGCAACGACGGGAGGAAUUGCGCGGGACGCCUGCGACGGAGACAGUGGCGGACCCCUGGUGGCGGAACGCGGGGGCCGCUGGUACCUUCUUGGAAUCGUCAGCUGGGGUGACAGCGUACUGUGUGGUACCAAGGGCAGCUACGGAUUCUACACCAAAGUGAACCGCUUUCACCAAUGGGUCAAGAGCAUCAUCAGCUGAGACACUCGCCGCACCGUCACUCUGCGGAGUGGAAGGGAACCAGAUUAGUCCACUGCACGCCAAGUCAAGCCCUGGAGCUGUCCAGGUCCAACUGAACUUCUCAGGACAGAGGGGAACGACCUCGACACAUGACAAAACAUACACACGAACAUGCUUAAGAACACUGUGCUACAGACUGACUAGAGUGAACGCCGGCGGUGAUUUAACUCCGCUGAGUAAUUCCGCUGGUUACUCUCAGGCGUCAGGGGGUUGAAAUGUGACAGGAAAAGAAACAACAGUCAGAAGGAAAUCAAAAUGUUGACAGGAAGGGGGAUUGACUGCAGAAAACACGGCGAGCACAGACAGAAAAACACCACAUACACGACUGAACCCAUGCACGCGCCCAUGGCCUACUUACGCAUGAAGUGCAAUAUUUGUGCUCAUAUUCAACGCUAGGUGGCGCGGCAGCACGGUGAACUGUGACUGACUAGUGUGCUACUUUUUCGAAAUGCUAGAAGGACAGAAGCGCGCUGUCAAGUGUCGUUGGACGGUUAUCCAACGUUGCAAACGCUAGUCCUAACGAGGGGGAAAUGGGAAGCUUUUGCGAAGAGAACGACACCAUCAGGGAGGCCUAGUUAGAUGGUAACACUAAAAAGAAGUUAGCAGAUACUAACGUCACAUUUGAAAUAAUGUCCAUUGUUGGCAGAUUUCACAGGCGCUAAGGAAUUGAGUUCUCAUUUUUAAAGGGCCAGUGUCCGCUGCAUAAUUCCGCGAUAAUUGGUUGUAGAGUGUUUACGGUGUUUAGUGAUUAUUUAGGAACCACAAAUUAUGUUACCUCAAAAUAAAAUGCAGCUCCUCAUAGAAGUUAGCCAGCGUAAUUAUUUCGGCUGUUCAAUGAAUGAUUCCCUUGGUGUCUUGUUUUGCUUCAUGUCACAUACUUUUUCAUACUUAAUACUCAAGUGGGUUCUGUACAUAGAUGUGUUGAAAGCGGUUUACAGUGAAUAACGUCAGAUGUGUUGCGUGACAGCGUCUACGAACCGUCAAGUGUUGCUUCGCCGUGCCAUUCGUGGGACUUAGUGAUACAACCAAGCAACCGAUGCUGAUGCAUAUUUAUAACCACUCCUCAUGACCGCGCGAAAAAUGGCGUCCGCUAAACUUCAAAUUGUAUUUGUUGAGACAUACAGCGGUAACGGGG